UUGGUCCCCAGCAUUCCUCUCCUCUCAUCCCUGCUGGAUAUGAUGAGAUGAUGGCUCGCAGGAGAGAUGAAGAUGAUGAUGAUGACAGACACAAGCUGAUAGAGGAAGAGGAUACUGAUGAUGUUGGGGAUGCGCGCUCCAUCAUGGACAGCGAGGAUGAGGACCAUCUGUCCCUGGACGAGAUUUUACAUCUAUACAAGCAGCCCAUCAACGAGGAGCAGGCGUGGGCUGUGUGUUACCAGUGCUGUCGCUCUCUUCUGGAGGAUUCUGCUGCUUCUGGAGGAGAGGAACAUGUGAGGAUUUAUAAAGACGGAUCAGUGCGCUUUCAUUCCGCAGUCAGAUCAGGUGUGUGUAAUCCCAGCCGAUCCUUCACACAGGCAAUCGAGUCUCUUGGCAUCGUGAUCUAUAAGGCUCUGGAUUAUGGGCUGAAGGAGAACGAGGAGCGAGAGCUGAGUCCUCCACUCGAGCAGCUCAUCGACCUGAUGACAAACGUGGCUGAGGCUGAGAGCGACUCCUGCGCUGAUGAAGGCUACGACGAAGAUGAGCCCUGCCGGAUCCGUGGCUACCACGACAUCAUCAAGCUGUGUGCUCUUCACCUGUCCACGCCGGCAGACGCGGCCGAUCAUUACCAGGCCGUGUGUCGAGCUCUGUACGCCGAGACCAAAGAGCUGCGCAGCUUCCUGGAGAAGAUCCAGAGCGCCAAAGACAACCUGUGGAAGAUGCAGGGGGAUGCUGUUGACGAACCUGGCAGGGAGCUAAACAAGCUGCAGAAUGCUGAUUGGGCGUGGCUCUGGGUGCAGCUGAUGCGAGAUCUGAGGAACGGCGUGAAGCUGAAGAAGGUGCUGGAGCGAGAAUAUAAUCUGCUUCCCAUCGAGUUCCAGCUCACGCCGUACGAGAUGCUCAUGGACGACAUCCGCUCCAAACGCUACAAGCUACGCAAGGUCAUGGUGAAUGGAGAUAUUCCUCCCAGGUUAAAGAAGAGCGCUCAUGAAGUCAUACUGGAGUUUAUCAGGUCCAGACCCCCGCUGAACCCGGUGGCGGAGCGUAAAAUCAAACCACAGGCCGAACGUCCUCCGAGUCUGCAUGAGCGCAUUCUGAAGGAGAUCAAAUCUGAGAGGAAGCUGAGGCCUGUGUCGCCCGAUAUGAUCCGCAGGAGUCGAUUUGACGUCUCCUCCUCGGAUGAUGCGAGGAAGGCCUCCAGCACGCUGGCGUUGGCCAAUAGCGUGUCUCUUCAGCAGAACGGCUCCGGAGGCUUUCGGAAGAAAAGGCUUCAAGCACCGACUCUGGCUGAACUGGACAGCUCUGAUUCAGACGACGAGACCUUAGGUCAAAGGUCAGCCAGCUGCUCCAGCAUCUCUACAUCUGUGAUGGACGACACGUCGCCAGAAUCUGUCUUGAGCAAGAAAACUCCACCCAUGUUCCUCCCGAUCUCGUCCACGCCGCAGCCGGAGAGACGUCAGCACGCUCAGCGCCGUCACUCCAUCGAGAAGGAAACGCCCACCAGUGUGCGUCACUUCCUGCCGCCCUCCAGACACAGCUCUAAAUCCUUAGAGGAGUUUUGUUUCCCGGUGGAGUGUCUGUCUCUGACCGUGGAGGAAGUGAUGCACAUUCGGCAGGUUUUGGUCAAAGCCGAACUGGAGAAGUUUCAGCAGUUCAAAGACAUCUACAAUGCCAUGAAGAAGGGGAAGCUGUGCUUCUGCUGCCGAACGAAACGGUUUUCCUUCUUUACCUGGUCCUACACCUGUCAGUUUUGUAAAAGGCCGGUGUGUUCACAAUGCUGUAAAAAAAUGCGCCUCCCAUCGAAGCCUUAUGGCAGUCUCCCCAUUUACUCUCUGGGUCCGUCCACAUCGACUCUGAAACGGGACGCAGACGGCCGAAAGCCAGAGAAUCCCAGCCUACAGCGCACAGUGUCCAGAUUAUCCAAGCACACGCGUCAGUCGUCCUCGUCUCAGGAGGAAAUGGGGCUCCCGAAAGAGCUGAUGGAAGACUGGAGCACCAUGGAGGUCUGCGUCGACUGCAAGAAGUUCAUCUCCGACAUCAUCGCUUCCAGCAAGCACAGCCUGUCUCUGGCCAACAAGAGAGCGCGCUUGAAACGCAAGACUCAGUCCUUCAUCGAUACAACGUCAGAGAAGAGCGCAGAAUACCGGCCUUCGGAGAGAACUAUCAAUGAGGUCUAGAUCUUAGGACUGGUCUGUCAGGCGUGAUACACAGGGCCAAUAAACUCUUAUAGAUGUGUAGCAAUUCUUCCACACACAGAAACACACGAGUUUUGGAUUCUGUCCUGUAAAACGUGGUUACAUUAGAGAAAUUUCAUUGUCUAUUGAGACUUUCAAACCAAGCAGCUUUUUGUCUUGGUCCAAUUUGUGACAGACUUAGUGUACAGAGAGCCGCAUAUUACACAAUAAUUUAUUUAUUCGUUCCCUUGUUUUAGUUAAAUAAGAACAAAAUGAUCAGUUCUCAUGACGUAUUAAUUUGUUCCCUCUUAUUAGGAUCAAAUUGAUACAACGUGGCGACUAUUUACUUAAAACGAGAUAGCGAAUUCUUGAUAUUAA